AUGGGGCUGGCGGGCGAUGAUGCCAAGAAGAAGAAGGGGGCAAAGAAGGAGCAUGCCAAGGCUCAGCUGAAAGGGGCUACCAAGGCUAUGGCUGGUCUAGCUAGGAGGGAAGUGGAACCGCCCAAGUCCAAAAUGAAGAAGAGCCUGAAGAGUGCAUCCAAGCUCUUCAUGGGCUUCAAGAGGCUAGGCCUGAAGCGCUCCAAGAAGGGCCAGUUCAAGAACACCUCCCGGUUUUUCUGGGGGCUGAAUAAAUACAGCACGAAGAAGAAGAUGAAGAAGAACAAGGCAGUGCUGAAAUCCACCUCCAACCUCAUGAUGCGCUUCAAGAGUAUAGGGAAGAAGAAGAAGAAAGAGGAGGCCAGUGGCAACCCGAAAAAGCCCUCUUUCCUGCUGAUACGGCUGGGAUUGGGCGGCGAGAAACCUAAGGAGGAGGGUGGGUUCUUCAGCAGCCUCUUCCGCCGGAGGCGAACGAAAGAGAAAUUCAAACCCCGGGCUCAGAUCCUGAGCAAAGCUGCUGCCGCCACCAGCUGGCUGACAAGAAAGUUCCUGUCCAAACGGGCCAGGCUUACCUACAAUGAGAGGUCCAUGAAUGAGGCCUGGCUCUCUAGGAUUGGAGCUAAGAAACUCCCCUUCCCGUCAGAGGACGAGAUUCUGAGGCACCGAGCCAACAUGAAAAGGUUCUCUGGAGCCAGGAGGCUCUAUGGUCAAGGGGAAGAGGAAUAUGGCUACCAGCCAAAUUUUGAACAUGGCGGCCUUGUGAGGCAGCCCUCUGGGAGGUUCUCACAGCCCGGGCCAAGCGGGUAUGAGGGCCCUGCAGUCCCACUGGACUAUUACAACUGUUACCAGGGUGACAGCAGCUUUUACGACCCGCAGGCCCCAGCUCAGUAUGGCUACCCUGAGGAGGAACGCUACCUCCAGGCACCAACUGACCGACACGACUUUCAUAACAGAAGGGUAUCUGAUUACGAGGACGACCCUGGAUAUGAUAUGGAAGAAGAAUAUGAGCUUUAUGAAGAGCCCAUGGACUACUACGAUGAUCCACUGCCAAACCAGUCUGACGACUACGACUAUGAAGACCAGGAUUAUGAGUCACCUUCCGGCUAUUCACCAUAUGAACCCUAUGACCAAUAUAGGAGCGAUAUGGAUUACUACGAAGAGCAAACAGGGCCAUACAGCUCUUUUGAAGACAGAUAUGGUCCUUCUGGAGGGCCCGACAACCUGAGGGUAGAUGAAAUGGGCUAUCUGGAUGAUUAUUCCCCUCAGCAUGAAAUCAGUUACAGCGAAUACGAAUGGGACCCUCCAGCUCAGUCUUCCUAUAACCCUUAUGCGUAUCCCUUGGACGAUAUAACGGAGAUGGAUGAGCCAGAGGAGUUGGCGGAUGACAAUGGAGAUUACCCUUUUAUGCUCCCUAAUUCUUCCUUCUUUGAGCAGCAGGGGAUCGAGGAAACGUUGCCUUCUAAACUGUCGUUAAACAGGAAGUUCAGGCUCUUCCCCAGGCCUCAGGUGAAGCUAUUUGGCAGAGACAAACUUGAUGUUCCCCUCCCUCCUUCUCCGCAUAUUUCCCUUGCCGGCGUAGAUCAAGAUGAGGAUGACUACGGUGAAUACGAGCCGCUGGCGCCUCCCUUUGCCCAGUUCAGUGUUGGGGAUCCCCAACCCUCAGUGACAUACGGCCGUGUUGGCCAGGAUCAUGGCAGCCGGCUUCCAAGGCCUCACUCUCCAAAGUCAAUGGGAAGCAGGUUCGACCCUGGUGGCCAGCAAGGCAAUGUCCAGGGGGCGCAUUUGCAAAGCUUCUCUCCGCGAGGAUGUGGGAGCCCCCUAGGGCAGUUCUUACAAAGAUCCCUCACGCAACCAAAACCCAUUUUAAAACACCGUGGGAGCGAGAAAUCACAUGACCGGCAUCCAUUUAUUGAGCCGUCCUAUAAAAAGUUUGGCCAUAAAUUAGCAGGGAUGGAGACCUUAGAGUCGGCACCUCUCUUGCCUAUGAGGAAAUUCGAUUACACAGUCACCACCUGCAGCCCCCACGCUGUGCUGAAAGGCAAAGCAAAUCUGGGCCCUCAAUCGCAAAGAACGGUGGCCUUCAAAGGCCCGCAUUCUGUGACGGGAGCUGGCCCCUCCUUUGCCGGGUCCCCAUCCCUGCAGGAAGCAUGCAGCAGACCAGCAAAACUCCCAGCUGAGCUCUUUGAGAACGAGGACAUGUCAGGGGAGGACGGCGUGGGGAGGUACGCCGUUGUCAUGCCGCAGGUCCAGAGGCUGGGCACCUUCAGAAGGAUGUCCUACAUGCACAAGCAGCACUGGUCUAAGCAGCAGAUGGUGAACGUCCGUGCGUCACCCAGCCCGUGGUCUUCUGAGAAACUGCUUCAUAACGCUCCCACUGAGAGCCUGAACAGGUGGUCGGGCCGGAGAGGAGACAGCACUGCUGGGUACCUGACCCACCGAUCCUCAGUGCAGAACCGGGGUGAUGGGAACCACUGGGAGCGUGGGAACACGGGCAAAAAACCGCCCUGGCACGAUAAGAUGCACUCCAUCCACAACCUGCCGUCCAGGAGCGCCCGAGAAGAGCCGAAGGAAGAUGGCGUGGAGGACAUGACCCAGCUGCAGGACCUCCAGGAGGGGGCAGUGCUGCAGAACAUCAAGACGAGGUUUGACCGUGAGUUAAUCUAUACCUACAUAGGCAGCAUCUUAGUGUCCGUGAACCCCUACAAAAUGUACAACAUCUACGGGACGGAGCAGGUGCUGCAGUAUGAAGGAAGGGCGCUGGGAGAGAAUCCCCCGCACCUUUUUGCUAUUGCAAACGUCGCCUAUACCAAAAUGAUGGAUGCCAAACACAACCAGUGUAUUAUCAUCAGUGGCGAAAGUGGUUCAGGCAAAACGGAAGCCACCAAGCUGGUCCUGCGUUACCUGGCCGCGGUCAAUCAGAAGCGCAACGUGAUGCAGCAGAUAGAGAUCCUCGAAGCGACCCCCCUGCUGGAAUCCUUCGGAAAUGCCAAAACAGUGAGGAACGACAACUCCAGCAGGUUUGGGAAAUUUGUGGAAAUCUUUCUGGAGGAAGGCUUGAUCUGUGGUGCCAUAACCUCACAGUACCUUCUUGAGAAAUCAAGGAUCGUGUUUCAGGCCAAAAACGAAAGGAACUAUCACAUAUUCUAUGAGAUGCUGGCUGGCCUUCCUGCUCAGCAGAAGCAGCAAUUCUGCCUUCAAGAUGCAGAAACUUACUAUUACCUGAACCAGGGGGGUAACUGCGAGAUUCCUGGCAAGAGUGAUGCGGAGGAUUUCCGGAGGUUGCUCAGCGCCAUGGAGAUCCUGAACUUCAGCACCGAGGACCAGAACAGCAUCUUCCGAAUUCUGUCUUCCAUCCUCCACUUGGGGAACGUCUACUUUGAAAAAUAUGAGACAGACUGCCAGGAGGUCGCAUCGGUGGUGAGUGCAAGAGAGAUCCGUGCGGUAGCCGAGCUGCUCCAGAUCUCUCCAGAGGGGCUGCAGAAGGCCAUCACGUUCAAAGUGACGGAAACGCUGAGGGAGAAGAUUUUCACCCCCCUCACUGUGGAAAGUGCCGUUGAUGCCAGAGAUGCCAUUGCCAAGAUCCUGUACUCCCUGCUCUUCAGCUGGCUCACGGACAGGAUUAACAAGCUGGUCUACCCUAAAAAGGAGGCUCUUUCCAUAGCCAUUCUGGAUAUCUAUGGGUUCGAGGACCUCAGCUUUAACAGCUUCGAGCAGCUAUGUAUCAAUUAUGCAAACGAAUAUCUGCAAUUCUUCUUCAACAAGAUCGUCUUUAAGGAGGAGCAGGAGGAGUACGUCCGGGAACAGAUAGAGUGGAAAGAAAUCACCUUCAGCGACAACCAGCCCUGCAUCGAUCUCAUUGCUCAAAAGCCACAUGGGAUUCUGAGGAUCCUGGAUGAUCAGAGCGCCUUCCCUCAGGCCACAGACCAUACCUUCCUCCAGAAGUGUCAUUACCACCACGGCUCCAAUGCAUUAUACACCAAACCAAAGAUGCCUCUCCCAGAGUUCACCAUCAAACACUUUGCUGGCAAAGUAACCUACCAGGUGCACAAGUUCCUGGAUAAAAACUAUGAUCAAGUUCGCCAGGAUGUUCUGGACCUUUUUGUCAACAGCAAAACCAAAGUGGUGGCCAACCUCUUCUUCGGCCACGCCCAGUUGGUGGCCCAGCAGAGGACCAUGAUGGGGAAGAACAGCACAGUCACCCGGCGGUAUAAAGCACCGACGGUGGCAGCUAAGUUCCAGCAGUCACUCCUGGACUUGGUGGAGAAGAUGGAGAGGUGCAACCCGUUCUUCGUCCGCUGCCUCAAACCCAACAACAAGAAGGAGCCAGCUGUCUUCGAGGCGGACAUUGUCAGCAGCCAGCUCCGGUACUCUGGAAUCCUCGAGACCAUCCGCAUCCGCAAAGAGGGCUUCCCGGUUCGCAUCCCCUUCCAGAUCUUCAUCGACAGGUACAGGUGCCUCGUAGAUAUCCGGCCUGGCAUCACCCCAGAUGGUGUGAGCUGCGUGGAGGUGCUGAAGAAGCUGUGUGCUGUGAGUCCCACCAUGUACUGCAUUGGAGUCAGCAAGCUGUUCAUGAAGGAGCACCUGUACCAGCUGCUGGAGAGCAAGCGGGACCGUGCCCUGCACCGGGCAGCGCUCACCCUGCAGCACUACGCCCGCGCCUUCUUCAUCAAGAAACGCUUCCGCUCGCUGCGCCGCAAGAUCAUCCUCCUCCAAAGCCAGUCCCGGGGCUACCUGGCCAGGCAGAGAUACAAGCGGCUGAGGAAGAGUCUGAUCAAGUUCAGGUCCCUGGUGCACAUGUACGUGAAUCGCAGGAGGUACCUCAAGGUGAGAGCAAGCGGCUGGCGCGGCGGAAUGGCAGGGGAGGGGAUGGGAGGGAAGGGGGAGCUGACCAGGAGGGAGGUGGUGGAUGUAACGCACCUGGAAGUCCCCGCUGAGCUAGCGGGGCUGCUGGAGCUGGCGGCAGCUCACAAGCCGGUGAAUGCUCAGUGCGUCGUUCCGGUCCCUGCGCCCAAACUGCACACGGACUCCCGGCUCACCCUGCCACUCGACAUCAACAACUACCCCAUGGCCAAGUAUGUGCGGGUCCACUUCCAGGAGCCGUCGUUCGGGAUGCUCACCGCGCCACUGGCGUCCCCGCUGACCCAGCUGGAGGAGGAGCUGGUGCAGGAAGCGCUCAGUCUGUUCAAGCUGAUUCUGCGCUUCAUGGGUGACCCGCACCUCGGCGGCACCCCGGAGAGCCUGUUUGGGAACUACAUCGUGCAGAAGGGGCUCUGGGCGCCGGGCCUGCGGGAUGAGAUCCUGGCUCAGAUCGCUAACCAGGUGUGGCGCAACACCAACGUCAACAACGAGGAGCGGGGCUGGCUCCUCCUGGCCGCCUGCCUCAGCGGCUUUGCCCCCUCCGCCGGCCUGGAGAAACACCUGCUCAAGUUUGUUUCCGACUACGCCUUUGAUGGCUACAAGCCGGUGUGCCAGCACAAGCUGAUGCAGGCCAUGCUGAGGUCCCAGCUUGGCCCCGAGGCGGCCCGGGCCUACCCACCGUCGCUGCUUGAGUGGACAGCCAACAGGCAGAGAGCAAGCAUGGCCUUGGACGUCUACUGCUUCAACGGUGACUACUUCUCCUGCCCCAUCCAUUCCUGGAGCACAGGGGAGGAGCUGGCAGGGGACGUGCUGAAGCACAGGGGGCUGAUGGAAGGCUGGAGGGGCUGGUCCAUCUCCAUGAAGGAUGGCGCCCAGUGGGCUGAGCUGGCUGGCCAUGAUUACAUCCUGGACCUCGUUUCCGACCUGGAGCUGCCCAGGGGCUUCCCCAAGCAGAAAUCUUAUUUCAUCGUCGCUUCAGAGCGGGUGGACAAGGGCAGCAGCGCCGCCAGCACAGUAUUCGGACAAGGCUUGGAUUCGGACGAGGAAGUCCCUCCUCCCCCACUCACAAAGGCCCCCACUCUGCCGCCUCCAAACACCCCUGACUCAGAUGGAUAUUACAGUCGUGAUUCCGACACCGUCAGCGAAGCUCGAACACACAAGGGGUUGGAUCGUUACCUGGACAGUCUGUUUGACCCGGUCCUGUCCUAUGGGAAUGGGGACUUGGAGAAGCCGGCUGCUGUCUCCCGGAAGAUGAAAGGAGGCGGCCGAGUAGGAGGUGGGGGCAGCAAUGUGGACCAAGGCAGUGCCAGAGCACCCAUGGAGAUGCCCCAGCAGACUGGUUUGCAGGAGCCCGGUUUGGUGCUGCAGCGCGACCACAUCAAGCAGCAGGCCCUGCUCCGGGCUCGUCAGAUCACCAGGCAGGCGACGGCUCUGCAGCAGCAGCAGGCGGAUGGCACAGUCUCCCCCAACGCCUCCCAGGCCACCAGCCCCAGACCUGCCGACCGAGCCCCCAGCACAGUCCAGAGCGCGCCCGGCAUGGCACUGCUGCUGCAGAGGACAGCUGUGAGUGGGACACCAGCCAGGACGAUGGCCUUCUUACAGAAAGCCGCUCCUGCCUCCAGGCUGCGGGCCGGCGAGCUGGUGCGGCCGGCCAAGCUGAGUUCGCAGCACUUCCCCGAGCCCACACAGCACAUUAAGAACAUCAUUAAGCAGUGCCAGCGGCCCGCCAGGCUCCCCGAGCCCAUCAGGAAGGAAGGUGGGAAGGUCUUUGUGAAGAAGAUGGAUCCCCAUGAGGAGGCCAUGAUGAUCUUAAAGGGGCAGAUGUCAGUGGCGCCGGGCCCCCCAACAGCCGUGGCCAAGGAAGCAAGAGCCACGGUGAAGCCUGUUACCAGCACCAAGAGGCCUUCGCCGCCAUCACCAGCCGCCGUUCCCUCACCGGCUCUCCCGGCCGAGCGCGAGCAGGUCCAGACGCAGCUGCACCGGUGCUGCAGCGAGGAGUUCUACGCCUACCGCAACGUGUCCUGGAAGAUAUACAUCCGGAAAGAGGUGUUCUAUCCAAAGGAUAACUUCAACAACCCUUUGUUGCUGGAUCUCAUUUUCAGACAGAUCUUCCACGACACGCUCUCUGACGCCUGCCUCAGGAUCACCCCGGAGGAGCGGCUGCGCAUGAGAUCCCUGUUUGCAGAAAACAAGCUGGACUCAUUCAGCCCGGUGGCCGAUGACAGCGUUAAGAAGGAGAUUGUGAUUGCAGCCCGGGACGGCUGGGAGGUUUACUUCGCACGCCUCUUCCCCGCCACGGGCAGCGUUGGCACGGGGGUACAGAUCCUGGCAGUGUCCCACACGGGGAUUAAACUGCUGCGGCUGGUCAAGGGCACCAACGUGCCCGGGGAGCAGCUACGGGUGCUGCGGGGCUACAGCUACACCGAUAUCCUGUUCGUGACCAUCCCCUCCAAGCAGAUGCUGGAGUUCAACCUGACCAAUGAGAAGCUCAUCCUCUUCUCCCCCAAAGCCCCCCAGGUGAAGGCCAUGAUCGACUAUUUCAUCACGGAGCUCAAGAAGGACUCGCAGUACGUGGUUGCCGUGAAGAGCUAUGUUACAGACGACAGGAGCCUGUUGAGCUUCCACAAGGGGGACAUCAUCCACCUGCAGCCGCUGGAGCAGCCUGAAAGAGACCACUGGCACGGAUGUGUGGUCCGCAAGAAGGUGACGUACCUGGAGGAGCUGAAGAGGGGCACCCAGGACUUUGGGUGGAAAUUCGGUGCCAUCCACGGGAGGUCGGGGCGCUUCCCCGCCGAGUACGUCCAGCCUGUGGCAGCCCCAGAUUUUAUCCACCUGCUAGCGGACAGGAAAGAGGAGCCCAAGAACAAGCAGGGCAAGGUGGCGGCCUCGGCGGCUGUGGCAGUGGCCGUGGCCUCCACGGCCGUGGCUCAGGAGCUGGACAGGAAGAUCGAGGUGUCCCCCGUGGGCAGCGACUAUGCGGAGAGCGCGGAGGAGUAUGGCGGCGAGCUUCCUGGGGACAGUGCCCUGCAGGGCGGGCAGUUCCCCAUGCAGGAGUUUGCCAAGAAGUAUUUCCGGGAGGCGCAGAGGACGAAGACGGAUUCCUGCAAGCAGAAAUCCCGGAAAGGGAAGGACUCGCCGGACGUGGCGGAGAUGCUGAAAUUCACCAAGUGCCCGCUCCAGGAGUCGCUGAUCGAAUUCCCCGACAGCUGCCUGAACAGAGCCGCAGCCGAGGCCUUCCAAGCCGUGAUGAAGUUCAUGGGCGACUGGCCUCUCAAGGGGCAGACGGAGCUGGACGUCGUCUGUGCUGUGCUCAAGCUGUGCGCUGACCAGGAGGUCAUGAGGGAUGAAGUGUAUUGCCAGAUCGUCAAGCAGACCACGGACAACACCAGCCCCAAGAUGGACAGCUGUCAGAAGGGAUGGCGGCUGCUCUAUAUCCUGACCGCCUACUACAAGUGCUCUGAGGUCCUGAAGCCCUACCUGCUGUGGCACCUCCAGGAGACCUGCAGGAGCCCUGGGGCGCAGUUCCAAGGGAUCGCGAAGGCCUGCGAGCAGAACCUCAGGAAGACCUUCCAGUUUGGUGGCCGGCGUGAAUUUCCCAGCAGCAUGGAGCUCAAAGCCAUGGUGGCCGGCCGGAGCGCGAAACGCCAGCUGUUUCUCCUGCCGGGAGGGAUCGAGAGGCACCUGAAGAUCAAAACGUGCUCGGUUGCGCUGGACGUGAUCGAGGAGAUGUGCUAUGAAAUGGGGCUGCAUCGGCCCGAGGUCUUUGACGAAUACGUCAUCUUUGCCGUUACCAACGGAGGUCAGAAUGUCCGCCCCUUGAGCAGACGGGAGUAUAUCCUUGACGUGGCCACGGAGAUGGAGCAAGUGGACAACAGCUACAUGUUCUGGUACCGGCGCGUCAUCUGGACCCAGCCGCUGAAAUUUGACAACGAGCUGUAUGUCACCAUGCACUAUAACCAGGUCCUGCCCGAUUAUCUCAAGGGGCUUUUCAACAUCCUACCUCCCCUGCAACCCAGCGAACAGCAGUGCCAGCAGGUCUCCAAACUGGCAGCCCUCCAGCACCGGGCCAAGGACAGCAUGUGCCUGCCCACCGUCCACGAGGUGCAGGGUUACGUCCCGCCCCAGUUCUGCCGAGCGCUGAAGGCUCAGUCGUGGCUCAAUGUGGUGCUGCAGCGUAUGCCGCAGGUCCAGGCCCUGAGCGCCCAUCAGGCCAGAGCUCAGUUCCUAGGGCUCCUGAGCGCCUUCCCCACGUUCGGCUCUUCCUUCUUCUACAUCCAGAGCUGCAGUAACAACGCCAUCGUCUCGCCGUGCAUCCUGGCCGUCAACCAGAACGGCCUCCACUUCCUCAACAAGGACACCCACGAGCUGAUGGUGAAGUUCUCGCUGAAGGAGAUUCAGUCCACGAGGACCCAGCGGCCCACGGCCGGCUCCAGCUACCCCUACGUGGAGAUCAUGCUGGGAGACUUGAUGUCACAGAGGAUGACGCAGCUGCAGCUGGAGCAGGGCCUAGAGUUGUGCCGUGUGAUCGCCACCCACAUGGAAAGUCUGUUGUACGCUCGCGAGAAGAGACUCACCCUCCCUCCCAGUGAGAUUACGUUGCUCUGAUCAGGCAUGUUACACACAUGCACACUCGCACACUCCCUCCCUAACAGCUACUUGAGUGAAAGCCAGCAUGGAGAUAAGCAAAUAUCUCUGUGUCCUGGGAUAGGCAACGUAGACUAAAUAUAGACACUGAUGGGACAGAUUCCCAGCUGGUUCGAGUCAGCAUAGCCCCACUGAUUUCAGUGGCCUGGGGCUGCUGAGGGGCUGGGGUGGGGGACUUACAGACCAUAUGUGAGGUCUGAGGAGUGAAGAGUGUGGGGAAUGCAGUCUGGCCAGUUAACAGGUGAACACAGAUGCCUUAAUUUAUGUUUAAUAACUGCCCUCCUGGACAUAGGGCGUGACCUUUUUCCAGAAUCAAGUGUAUUUAAUCCAUUAUUUUAGUAGCAACAUAUUAACAGAUUGUCUUUGAGCAGGACAUGCCCAGUUUUGCACAUCUGCCUGUACCAAGGACCUGGCAAUCUAACUGCUCGCGUGCUGCAUACACCAGAUGGCUUUUAUUUGUGUGCGCUCCCGGUUUUUUGGUCUUGUUUGUCCUGUGAUCUAAUUCUCAUUUUUAUAAGUGUCGCUGGCGCCUGUAUUUGUAUACUGGUCUGUAGCGCUGGCCCUGUAAAUGGCUUCCCGUUUUUGUAACU